CAAAAGUUGCCUAAAAUGGUGGUUUGUUGUUGCUUUGCGUACAAAUUUAGAACACAACAAAAACUGAUGAGCAAUAACCAUAGAGAAGGCAAAGAUCCAAGCAGCGCUCUCUCUCUCUCUCUCUCUCUGUGGACAAGAAACGCGACAUGUCUAAAUAAUCAAGAUGGGGAUUUCGGCUACCAAGACAAUUCAGAGGUUCGUCCAAAGGCUGUCAAAGUACCAAUUUCCCUACCCGAGGUUUAUCCGAAGUUUUCAAUUCUUCCAAAUAUAUGCAUCUGCCUUUAUGUUGUACAUGAAUUCUUUCAGCUUUGCCCGUUGUAUUUAAUUUUUUGUUUUGUUGGUCUCAAAAUAUUGGUGAAAUGCAAUUUUUGUACGCACCCAUUAACUGAUUCACCAUUUCAUGCAUUGCAAUGCAAUGAUAAUGGAAUUAUACUCAUAUUUGUUGAUUGGGUUUUUGUUUUCGAUUUUUAUAGAUUAAUGUUGUCUGGAGAUAAAAAUUUGAGAUUUAUGUUUUGGAAUUGUGAUGUGGGUUUGGAAGCUGAGCUAAAAUGAAGUCAAACUAGGUUUGGAUAUUAAUUUGUUACAUAGAGUUGAUGAAUAUUUCGAUUGCUGGAUGAUUUGGGGGGUAACAUGUGAUGAGAAACACAUUGAAGAAAUUUGUAACCCCCUGCUGGAAGCCUUCCUUCCAAAUUGAAGGCAGAAAUAGCGGUAAAGCCGGGGACGCCAGCGGCAGGAUUGAUGGGUUGUGGUGGUACAGAGACUGGGGACACCAUGUUAAUGGGGAAUUUUCAAUGGCAGUAAUACAAGCUAACAACGUAUUGGAAGAUCAAAGCCAAGUUGAGUCGGGGUCAAUGAGCUUGAUCGAGUCCGGUCCUCAAGGGACAUUCGUUGGAAUAUAUGAUGGCCAUGGAGGUGCAGAAGCUGCUCAGUUCGUUAACAAUCACCUUUUCGAAAAUAUCAAGACUAUUCGUGGUGCAGAAUUCACAUCAGAGAAUCAGGGACUGUCCGAGGAUGUUAUAAUCAGAGCAUUUUUGGCAACUGAAGAGGAGUUCCUUUCAAUUGUAACAAAGAUGUGGCAGAGUAGGCCACAAAUUGCUUCUGUGGGGGCAUGUUGCUUGGUGGGUAUAAUUUGUAGUGGAUUCUUGUAUAUUGCAAAUGCAGGAGAUUCUCGAGUGGUGUUAGGAAGAUUGGAGAAGGCAGUCAAAGAGAUCAAAGCUGUUCAAUUAUCAUCAGAACACAAUGCAAAUUUGGAAUCUGUGAGAGAGGAAUUGCACUUGUUGCAUCCGGAUGACCCGCAGGUUGUGGUGUUAAAGCACAAUGUUUGGCGUGUAAAGGGUCUUAUACAGGUUUCGAGAUCCAUUGGCGAUGCCUAUUUGAAGAAGGCAGAGUUCAACCAAGAACCUCUACUGCCCAAGUUUUUACUGCCUGAGCCCUUUGACAAGCCAAUCUUGACAGCUGAACCAUCAAUACUUGUACAGAGAGUCUACCCUGAAGACCAAUUUCUUAUAUUUGCAUCAGAUGGUCUGUGGGAGCAACUCAGCAAUCAAGAAGCAGUUGACAUUGUUCACAACUGCCCGCGUAAUGGGAUUGCAAGGAGGCUCAUCGAAGCAGCACUAAAGGAAGCAGCAAAGAAGAGGGAGAUGAGGUACUCAGACCUGAAAAAGAUUGAUCGAGGUGUGAGAAGACAUUUUCAUGAUGAUAUCACGGUUAUAGUUCUGUUUCUAGACUGCCAAUUGACUAGUCGCAGUUCCUACCAAGGACCUGUAUUUACAACCAGAGAAAGUUGAGGUGUGGGUGUCGGUUUCUCUGCAGCUGCCAGUGCUUAGUUUGAAAGGUUCCUUUACGCAUAUUCUAAAUGAGAUUCUGGACUUCAUUCUCGAUUUGUAUUUUGGGCAUACAUUUUUUGUACGAGAAAAAAGGACAUAGAGGACCUAGAAGGCUGCUCUCGCUUAUAGCCGAUGCUUCUUAGAUAGGAAAUUUUCUAUAACCACCAGCAGCCCGGUGAGAGUUGAGCUAGGGGGAUGCCUUGCAGAAAUGCUCACUCCCUUGACUGGCACAGGCAACUGGCUACCAUUUAGAACAGACACAUUAUCAAUGCAGUUGCACUGUAUUAGGGUAUUGUUUCGGAUAUUAAACCUCAAGAGCAAGAACAAAUGAUUGAGCAUGUUUGUCUGACUGCUGAAACUGUUUCUACUGAUUGAUGAUGGUUUGAUGUUUAUUCCUUUGUGGUUUGCAA